AAUAUUACUUUGUUUGUUAUCGCUUAACAUUAUAUGAAUUAUUGAGAAUUGUAUUCAUCUUGCUUCCUCUAGCAAUUAAUUAUUAGAACACCAUGUCGACUGCUAUGACAUUUGGCCAAAAACAGUUUAUACCGACGCCACCAGAUAAGGGAAGUUUUCCUCUGGAUCACGAAGGAGCCUGCAAGAAAACUAUGGUAAAGUACAUGAAGUGCUUGUAUAACAACAACAGCAACAACACCAUGUGUCGUGACGAGGCGAAAGAGUAUCUUGCAUGCAGAAUGGACCACGGAUUAAUGGCAAAAGAAGACUGGUCGAAAUUGGGCUUUAAGGAUGAGACUGCACAAAUAAAAGAAAAAGCGUAAUAACUUCAAAGACUGGUUGUAAAGUAAGAUAUUUGCCAUGUUUAUAAUAAAUUAAUUAGUUUGUUAAAAAUC